AUGUCAGCAAUCUCUCAAAAUAUUUCAACACUUCUCAAUAAUAUUCCAUUCAAUCAAUUAUUCCAAAACUCAUUACAGUAUUCCCAACCAAUCAUUAAUCAAAUGGCCCAACAAUUCACUAAUCAACAAGUUAUUGAAACUGUCAAAUCAUCUCUCAAACAAAAUGACAUUGACUUUUCCACAAUUGUUUCAGAAAUUAUCAAUGCAACCAUUACAAAACUAUCUGAACCCCAAACCAAACAAGAAAUCAAUCAAAUUCUCAAUUAUUACGCAACACAUGCAACAGAUUCCAUCCCAACUUGGUUAUUAAUUUUUUUUGGUUCAGUUUUAGUUUCCAUUUUAAUGAUUCCUUCAUUGUUGAUGGCAAUUUUGUUGCAACAAGUUUUUCCAGUGAGGAAAAUGAAAUGGUAUCAAAGAAUUUUCAUUAAUAGAUUUGGAAAGGCCAAAGUUUCUCAGCAGCAAACUAUUAAUGAUGAGGAGGAAGAAAGGAGGCGGUUAGUUUACAAUGAGAAUAUUCAACAAUAA